AUGACAUCAUCGAUCGUCGACUGCAUGAUCACCGUCCUACUGUACUCCUUCCAUGGCCUCCCGAGUGGCGCCUAUGUGGCAAUUCUGGAUCACGAUGCCCGUGUUCUGGUUCGGGUCGAUUCUGCCCUGGGCCGUGACCAUGUUGCGUUGGUUAGGGUCGGGCAGGCGGGCGAGGAUGGUGCAGUUUUGGAAAACUGCAGCCCCGUUGCCGAAUAUGAAGUCGACUGUGCCGAUGACGAGGCAACUGGUGAAGAACUGGCGGUUGGAGUGGACGUACAGCGUGUCCUGAUAUCCGAGCAUGUCGCAUCUGUAGAAUGCCGAGAGAUCGGACCCCACGCGCAGGGCCACGGCCUGGUGCUUGGCCGGGCCCGCCGUGUUCUGGAAGGUGAUGUCCCGCGCGAGGAACCCUGCUCCGACCGCGGCUGCAGAAUUAUAAAACUCGAUUCAGUUAAUAACUGA